AUGGUACUUCAUAAUAAAUACGAUAGUAGCAAAUCGACCACAUAUAGACCAAAUGGUACUCAGUUUGCUAUUCAAUAUGGCAGUGGCAGUCUGUCUGGAUUCUUAUCUACUGAUGUAGUAACUGUUGCCGGCCUCAAUGUUCGAAACCAAAUAUUCGGAGAAGCGAUUAAAGAGCCGGGCUUAUCGUUCGUUUUUUCGAAGUUUGACGGUAUCAUGGGUAUGGGCUAUAACACAAUAGCCGUCGAUGGAGUGACGCCUGUCUUCAACAAUAUGGUCCAACAAAACCUAGUGCCAGAAUCUGUUUUUAGCUUCUAUCUGAAUCG